AUGGUUGCCUUUUGCCUACAAUUAUCAUCCAUUCUCCGUUCAUCCGAGCAUCCAUUCUCUACAAUUGCAUUAGAGCUGGAAAAGCAAUUAAGAAAACGAUUCCGAGCUUUCUUUGAAUUAAAUGAGGAGGCAGAUUUGGCGCUAGCUGCAGCUGCACUGAUUCCAAAUUACAGAGAAAAGAAGUGGACACAUGGACGCAAAAAGUUAUUAAUUACGACAAGACUUCGCCAUGAAGCUGAUUUUAGCGGCAAAAAAAAGAAACGAAAUACCAUUUGGGAAACUAUAUUGCGAGAAAUUAAAGAUGUGGAAAGCUCUUUUCCCUUUUCCAGAGACGAUAUAACUAGAUGUUUCUUAAACAUCAUGGGAACCUAUAAACGCAUCAAAAAAAGAAACAAUACAUCUGGUGAAGCUUCAUCAAACUGGGAAUACUUUGACGAAAUAGAUGAAGUUUUUGGGAGCCGUAGCAGCAUUAAUGUGCCAUUAGAAAUGACUGAUUAUUCUCUCGAAGAAAUAACUAUAAACCCAACGAUUUAUUCUCCGGUUUCUUUAACAACUGAAGAAGACUUAACGCCCACAACAUCAAGGAAAAGAAAGAGAAAUGAUGUGAUUGAAUUUUUGGAAAAAGAAUCGGAAAAGGAUGGUGAGGUUUUGGAUAAGUUGCUUAAACUUGCUGAACUGAAACAACUUCGUGCCUUAUUCGAAGCAAUAGGAGAGAAAAACCGUGAAUGA